AUGAUUCGCUGGGGCGGCCUUUGUCUGCGAUUGGCAGCGCCGCGCCCGCCGCCCCCGCGCGCCCGCCAGCCCCGCGCGCCCCUGCGCCGCCCCAGUCGGCGCCGCGCGCCCCAUCACCGCAGCGCCUCCUGCCCCGACCCCGCCAGACACCCAGCGGCGCGCCCCAGCACCGCACCGCCCUCUGCUCCGCACCGCCCUCUGCUCCGCUCACGCCAGACACCGCGCCGCGCGCCCCAUCACCGCACCGCCCUCUGCCCCGCCCCCGCCAGAGUCGGCGCCGCGCGCCCCAUCACCGCAGCGCCUCCUGCCCCGCCCCCGCCGGACACCGCGCCGCGCGCCCCAGCACCGCACCGCCCCCUGUCCCGCCCCCGCCAGACGCCGCGCCGCGCGCCCCAGCACCGCACCGCCCUCUGCCCCGCCCCCGCCAGAGUCGGCGCCGCGCGCCCCAUCACCGCAGCGCCUCCUGCCCCGCCCCCGCCGGACACGGCGCCGCGCGCCCCAGCACCGCACCGCCCCCUGUCCCGCCCCCGCCAGACACCGCGCCGCGCGCCCCAUCACCGCACCGCCCUCUGCUCCGCUCCCGCCAGACACCGCGAGGUGCGCCCCAUCACCGCAGCGCCUCCUGCCCCGCCCCCGCCGGACACGGCGCCGCGCGCCCCAGCACCGCACCACCCCCUGUCCCGCCCCCGCCAGACACCGCGCCGCGCGCCCCAUCACCGCACCGCCCUCUGCUCCGCUCCCGCCAGACACCGCGAGGUGCGCCCCAUCACCGCAGCGCCUCCUGCCCCGCCCCCGCCGGACACCGCGCCGCGCGCCCCAUCACCGCACCGCCCUCUGCUCCGCUCCCGCCAGACGCCGCGCCGCGCGCCCCAUCACCGCACCGCCCUCUGCUCCGCUCCCGCCAGACACCGCGAGGUGCGCCCCAUCACCGCAGCGCCUCCUGCCCCGCCCCCGCCGGACACCGCGCCGCGCGCCCCAUCACCGCACCGCCCUCUGCUCCGCUCCCGCCAGACGCCGCGCCGCGCGCCCCAUCACCGCACCGCCUCCUGCCCCGCCCCCGCCAGACACCGCGCCGCGCGCCCCAUCACCGCACCGCCCUCUGCUCCGCUCCCGCCAGACCCCGCGCCGCGCGCCCCAUCACCGCACCGCCUCCUGCCCCGCCCCCGCCAGACACCGCGAGGUGCGCCCCAUCACCGCACCGCCCCCUGUCCCGCCCCGCCAGACACCGCGCCGCGCGCCCCAGCACCGCACCUACAGCCGCCGGAUACUGUGUGGGGCGCCCCAUCACCGUACCGCCCCCUGCCCCGCCGGGCACCGCGCGCCCCAGCACCGCACAGCCCUCCCGGCCAGACACCGCGCCCGCGCGCCCCAGCAGCGCACCCGUCCCCUGGUCCCGCACCUCACGGCGCGCCCCAGCACCGCAGAGCCCCGGGCCAGACACCGCGCCGCGCGCCCCAGCACCGCACUGCCGCCCGCCACUGGGUCUCCACUCCGCAUCGCCGCCGGGCGGACUCUAGGCUCUGCCUGCGGCACGGCACGCCACCCCCGCUCCCCUUCCCCGCUCCGUCCAGCACCCGAAGCCCCCCCACCAACCGCCCGCCCUCGGAACAGCACAAAGCCACACCACAGCCACAACGGCCCUGGCCCGUCCACCACAUGCUGCCUCAGCGCAUCUGGGUCAUGGGAACAGCGCCAGCCUUCUGCUUGGACAAACUCAAUUACCAAGCUUCAGAACAAUCUCCCAUGACGAUGCAGUGA